GUUUUCAUCAGUUUUGUGUUUGGAAAAAACAACAACAAAAACUCUCGAACAUAUCUAUCUUGUUUUCUUCUUCAUACAACACCUGUAGUAGUGAGAGAAUCCGAGAAAGAAUCAGGUGAAAACCAAAAUCGUGUUUACCCUAUACGAAAUUCCCGUAUCCAAUUCAGAGAAAGGAAAGUGAUGGUUAUGAACUCUUGGGUCAAUUAGAUCCAUGGAAAGUGGGAGUUUCUUGUUCUUCUCGAGGCAGUGAUUGAAGGUGUCGUCUUUGGUUUCGAUAGGGGGACUUCAGAGAUUAAGGUUUGAGUUGCGAAUUGAGGUCUCAAAUUGGGGGAAGAAAUGAGAAGAAGACCAGGAAUUGGUGGGUUGCAGACAGCAGCAGCUGCUAGGGAUCAAUAUCGAUUACUUGGAGAAAAUGUAGCUAAGAUCAGAACAGAUCUUAUGAAGGAACAACUCACCACUUUUCGUUCCCAAUUAGAGGAUUUCGCUCGCAAACAUAAGAAUGAUAUCCGGAAGAAUCCUGCAUUCAGAUCACAAUUCCACGAGAUGUGUGCAAAAAUUGGGGUUGAUCCCUUGGCUUCAAACAAAGGAUUCUGGGCUGAGCUAUUGGGAAUUGGUGACUUCUAUUAUGAACUUGGGGUGCAAAUCGUUGACAUUUGCUUGGCUACAAGGUCGCUCAAUGGGGGUUUGAUCAACUUGCAGGAGCUUUGCACCCUACUUUGCCAAAGGCGAAAGGCUGCUCGUGACUCUGUGUCUGAAGAUGAUUGCUUACGUGCUAUAAGUAAGCUGAAGGUAUUGGGUAGUGGUUUUGAGGUUAUUUCUGUUGGAAAGAAAAAGCUGGUUCGAUCAGUUCCUACAGAGUUAAACAAAGAUCACAAUGAAAUUUUGGAGCUGGCCCAGGCUCAAGGUUAUGUGACCGUGGAAGAAGUAGAGAGGCGUUUUUCCUGGCCAUCAGGGCGUGCUACAGAUGCUUUGGAAACUUUACUCGAAGAAGGUCUAGCUAUGAUUGAUGAUGGUCACAGAGACUGUAAGCGCAGGUAUUGGUUUCCUUGUGUAUCAGUUUCUGCCUCUGCAUAGCCUUUUACUAUCGGCCUUCUGUAAAUGUGAUAAAUUCACUUUGAGAACAGUUUCCAAGUGUAAUUGUUUGUUAAAGAAACAUCAUCUCCAGUAUGAGAAAAUCAACAAUAGCGUUGACACAAACUUUGAACAUGUGUAUUCAAAAUUAUAUUUACACCAGAAUCUAAUGUGAGUGGAGGAAAACUGUUUAAAGUU